CAGUCAGCUUGCAUCUGUGCUGAAAAACUGUGACAUUUCAAUACAUCUGGUAGAGGUGAGCCAAAAAUUAAGUGAGAUUCAAGCAUUAACGUUGACUGAAGAGAAGGUCCUAUUAGAGCGAAAUGCUGGAUCCCCAGUAUAUAUGAAAGGUGUCACGAAGUCUGGAAUUCCAAUUUCCUGGUACCGAGAUCUGCAAGAUGUUCCAAAAGAGUACAGCUUUUAUCUUGCACAUGAAUUUUUCGAUGUUCUUCCUGUGCAUAAGUUUCAGAAAACACCACACGGAUGGCGAGAAGUACUCAUUGAUAUUGAUCCACAGGUUUCUGAUAAACUGAGAUUUGUUUUGGCGCCUUGUGCCACCCCAGCAGAAGCCUUCAUACAAUGUGAUGAAACAAGGGAUCACGUGGAAGUGUGUCCUGAUGCUGGUGUUAUUAUUCAGGAACUUUCUCAACGCAUUUCACUAACUGGAGGUGCUGCCCUGAUUGCUGAUUAUGGUCAUGAUGGAACUAAGACAGAUACCUUCAGAGGGUUUUGUGGCCACAGGCUUCAUGAUGUCUUAAUUGCCCCGGGAACAGCAGACCUCACAGCUGACGUGGACUUCAGUUACUUGAGCAGAAUGUCCCAGGGGAAAGUAGCUUCUCUGGGUCCAAUAAAACAGCAAACAUUUUUAAGAAAUAUGGGCAUUGAUGUCCGGCUGAAGGUUCUUUUAGAUAAAUCAGAUGAGCCAUCACUGAGGCAGCAGUUACUUCAGGGCUAUGAUAUGUUAAUGAAUCCUACGAAGAUGGGAGAAAGAUUUAACUUUUUUGCCUUGAUACCUCAUCAGAGACUUCAUGGUAGAAAUCAUCAGAUGAAUGCAUGUCAGUCAAAACCCUCUCCAUCACCUGUGGCUGGGUUUGGUGAACUUGCUUGGCGGUGAUACUUCAGUUUGGACUUUUUACUCCCAAGUUGGCCUAAGAAACUAGAAUAAAGGGAACACAUUUUAUAUAUCACAGGUAAAAUAAGUAUUAAAAUAUUUUAUCUCUUCACAGCCAAUAAAAAUAGCCCAUACAGGGCUUCCCUGGUGGCGCAGUGGUUGAGAGUCUGCCUGCCGAUGCAGGGGACGCG